AUUCCAACGCGGGACUGUCCGGGCAACGAGCCGUUCGCGCUCAGCGCAGCCGACAAGACUCCCAUCUCAGCAGAAACUAGCCAGGGACCAUCAUGUGGCGAUCCCCGUGCGAACACCUAAUCCAGUCUCGUGUAAAUAUUCACUCACCCCCUCAGGAUCCCAGGUAUUUCAUCUCGCUUUCGCCACAGCCUACCGCUUCUCCCGUUCGCCCCACUAGAAACAAGAGUGGAGGAAUCCUCGGCCUCGCCGGAGAUGCUGCCGUCGGCGACCGGGUACACUUGCUGCGACGUCCACUCGGCGCGCGAGAUGUUCCAUCCCUUUCUCCACUGACUUCUUGCGGCUGCGGCCCACAGGGAUUGGUUGGAUUGGAUAUAGCUGCUCGAUAGGCUUGUAGGUGGGCGGGUGUGGGGCGGAAAGGGAUGAGCUUUAGCGCUGUGGAAGUGGAGGAGCAUGGAGGAGAGGUGGAGCUGGUGGCGCAGGAGGAGAUGGUGCGGGGGAUCCCGGCGGAGGUGAGCUGGGAGAUGCUCGACAAGUCGCGGUUCUUUCUUCUCGGCGCCGCGCUCUUCUCCGGUGUCUCCGCGGCGCUAUACCCGGCCGUCGUCCUCAAGACGCACCUCCAGGUCACGCCGCCGCCGCAGGCCGCGGUCUCGGCAGCCGCGGCGGCGAUACUCCGGCGCGACGGGCCCCGGGGCUUCUACCGCGGCUUCGGCGCGUCCCUCGCGGGCACAGUACCCGCUCGCGCGCUCUACAUGGCCGCGCUCGAGGCAACCAAGAGUGCUGUGGCCUCCGCAGCGCUCCGCCUCGGCGUCGCGGAGCCGGCUGCCACUGCGGCGGCCUCAGCCGCGGGCGGUGUCUCCGCCGCCGUCGCCGCGCAGGUCGUCUGGACCCCCGUCGACGUCGUCAGCCAGCGCCUCAUGGUCCAGACCGCGACCGCCAGCCGCUACCGCGGUGGCACCGACGCGUUCCGGAAGAUCCUCCUCGCGGACGGCGUGCGCGGCCUGUACCGCGGCUUCGGCGUCUCGGUGCUCACCUACGCGCCCUCCAGCGCCGCGUGGUGGGCCUCCUACGCCACGGCGCAGCGCCUCCUCUGGCGCACCGUCGGCUCGGCGCACCACGAAAGCCGCGGGGCCGCGAUGGCCGUGCAGGGCGCCAGCGCCGCCGCGGCGGGGGGCGCGGCCGCGCUGGUGACCAUGCCGCUGGACACCGUGAAGACGCGGCUCCAGGUGAUGGACGCCGGGGCCCGGGCGCCGUCCCUUGCGGCAGCGGCGCGCGCGCUGGUGCGGGAGGGCGGGUGGGCCUCGUGCUACCGCGGGCUCGGGCCGAGGUGGGCGUCCAUGUCGCUAUCGGCGGCCACCAUGGUCACUGCCUACGAGUUCUUGAAGCGGCUCUCGGCCAAGGAAGGCUCCCUCUGAUCGAGCUUCUACCCAUAUCCGCCAACAUGGGAAUGAAUGGGUGAUCCUUGUACAUGUCCAUAUGCGUACAUCCUGCUUUUACCUCUUGCUGCGAUCUAGGAUGCAAUGUUUAGUUGGGUGUCGCGACGACGACGAUGAUGAAAGAUUUUGUAAAAUAAAUAACUCUUUACACUUA